CCAGUUUAUAAAAGCAUGUCAUUUGCUCCUGAGAGAUUGAGUCAUUCUGCAGAGACUUGUUUAGUAAAGUUAGUUUACGGAGCAUCAACAUGUAGCUGAGAUCAUAAAGCUGAAUGUAGCAUCUGAUGAACCUCAGCUUCUGAACACCUGAGCGCAUGUGUUAAUAUACAGCAGCCUCGCAGCUCUCUGAAUGACAAGAUGAUGUCGGCCACACCCCCUCCAUCGCACAGCCCCGCCCCUCAGAAGGUGUGCCACUCCCAGACACAGACAGACAUUCUAAAGCCUCUGCUCGGAGGGGCGGGGCAUGGGAGUCAGGUGGCACACCGGAGGCGGGUCCUAACCAAGGAUGGGCGGAGCAACGUCAGCAUCGAGUACGUGAGUGGGUGUGGCGCUCUGUACCUGCGUGACCCCUGGACCACCUUUGUGGACAUGCAGUGGAGGUACAAACUGAUUCUGUUCAGUGCCACUUUUGUGGGAACCUGGUUCACCUUCGGACUGCUGUGGUACCUGCUGGCUUUGGUGCACGGAGACCUGCUCGAGUUCGAUCCUCCAGCAAACCACAGUGUGUGUGUGAUGCAGAUGCAAACGCUGACCGCAGCCUUUCUCUUCUCGCUGGAGACUCAGACCACCAUCGGAUACGGAUACCGCUGCAUCACGGAGGAGUGUCCGUCUGCCAUCGUCCUGCUCAUCAUCCAGCUCCUCAUCACCACCGCCAUGGAGAUCUUCAUCACCGGAACCUUCCUCGCCAAGGUGGCUCGGCCGAAGAAGCGUGGCGGGACGAUUCGGUUCAGUCAGCAUGCUGUGAUCGCUAAUCACGACGGACGACCGUGUCUCAUGAUACGAGUCGCUAACAUGCGCAAGAGUCUGCUGCUGGGCUGCCAGGUGACUGGGAAGCUUUUACAGCCGUGCGCACCGAAGGAGGGCGAGACGGUGCGUUUGGAUCAGAAGAACGUGAGCUUCAGCGUGGACACGGCCAGCGAGAGCCCCUUCCUCAUCCUCCCGCUCACCUUCUACCACAUCAUCGACGAGCAGAGCCCGCUGCGCCGAUGGGCCGACAAGGGCGGAUGGACGGACCCAGAUCCGGGUCCGGCUGAUUUUGAGCUCCUGGUGAUGAUGAGCUCCACAGUGGAACCCACAUCAGCCACCUGUCAGGUGCGCACCUCCUACCUGCCCGACGAGAUCCUGUGGGGCUACGAGUUCACACCCAUCGUGUCUCUCUCUGCCACGGGAAAAUACGUGGCGUAUCUCGCCUACUUCGACAAGGUGGUGAAAACCAAGACCCCGCCCCUUUUUAACCAGACCCCGCCCAGCGGCACUGACGGUUGCCAUGGAGACGUGAGCAGCUCGGACCCGGAGAAGAUGCAGCUGGAGCAUAGCUACCGAGAGGAUGAGAGACAGACGGAGAGCAGGACCGUCAGCGCACGCAUCAGUAACGUCUGACUACGUUCAGUAAUAAUGUCCUUCAAAUAAAAAACUCUAAUCAUUAAUGUUGCAUCAACAGCAUCAGUACAAUAAUAUGCAAAAAAAAAAAAAAAAAAAAAAAACAGCAGCAUAUAAGAUGAAAUGCAUUUAAUGAUUUUAUUUUAUGCGCUUUUAAGAGUUCAUAUUAUUUGAAAAACUACAUGAAAUAUUUUAUGCAUAAAAACAUGCACUCAUAAAAAAGCAAUCUAAAUGCAUGAACGUAGCAGGGUUAUCAUUUAUUUACUUAGCAUAAAAAAUAAACAAAUAUGUGUUUAAAAUCAAGCACUGAAAUCAUAAAUGCUGCAUGAAAAGCAUUAGACAAAUAAUAUGCAAAAAUUUAUUAACAGAAUAUAAGCUUAAUAGGAAAAUGUAUAUUUUUUUGCGUAGGCCUACAGCAAAUACAUGUGAUAUUCUUUUGAUUUUUAGAAUGCAUUUUAAUUAUUUUAUUUUAUGCACUUUUAAGAGUUCAUAUUAUUUGAAAGACUACAUGGAAUAUGUUUAUGCAUAAAACACACAAAUGCACAAACACAGCAGGGUUAUCAUUUACAUACUUAGCAUAAACAAUACACAAAUAUGUCCUUAAAAUCAAACGUUUAAAUAAAUGAUAUAUUGCAUGCAUAAAUAAAAAGAUAAGCUGAACAGGGACAUUUAUAUUUGUGUGCAGGACUACAGCAUACAGUAUGUUAAAUACUUUUAAAAUAAUGUGAUUUUUAUACUUUAAAAUGCAUUUUAAUUAGAUUAUUUUAUGAGCUUUUAAGGGCUCCUAUUAUUUGAAAGAGUUCAUGCAUAUGCAUAAAAAUACCUAAAUGCAUAACAUAGCAGGAUUAUCAUUUAUCAUAAUUAACGUUUUUAAAGAAAAGGCAAGCAUUGAAAUCUUAACAUUGCAUUAUCAGCAUCAGCCCAAUAAUAUGUUUAAUUAUUAACACAGCAUAAGCUGAAUAGGAAAACUGAUGAUUUUGUAUAUUUGCAUAUUAUUUUAUUAAUAUUUUAUUAAUAUUUAUUUAUUUAUAACUCUAAUGAGCUCAUAUUAUUUGGAAGAUGGCAUGUAAAAAUAUAAAGUGUCUUCAAAGGCAAAGGAAUUUAAAAUAAACUAGGAAAGUUUUAUUAUGAAAUAUUUCAAAAGUUAAAAGAGCUACAAUCAUAUGCCUUUGACCAUAAAAACAGCAAACUGCAUAAAAACUGCAGAAACGUAAUUUACCAACUUAGCAUAGAAAAAAAAAAAAGAUUAAAAUGUGUUUAAAAUCAAACACAGAAAUCAUUAAUAUUGCAUGAACAGCAUCAGCCCGAUGUUGUGCAUCAACCAGCCAAAUGCAUAAAAACACAACAGAGUUAUCAUUUACCCACCAUAAUGCAGAGGAAUGAAAAGUUCAUAGAGAGCUAUUUAUGUAGCACUUAACUGUCUGGUUUAUUCUUGAGUUUUUGGUUGUGUCAGAACAAACCUGUGAUUGUUUCAUGCAUGUGCUGUAUGAAUGUGUUCCUGUGAUUCAUCACAUGUUCUGCUUUAGUGACUCUGACUGAAUGUUACUUUAAUGAUUUUGCACUUUGGGCUCAUUAGGAGCAUUUCUUACUAUCCUAACGAAUCUGACAGCACUUUAGUUCUGUACUCUCCUCUCUUUACACAGAGAGACAUUAAUGCAGCGGCUCAGAAAACAGCUGUUAUGAUGGGAUUUAUUUGUGCAGCGUGUGUUUUGUCUUUUAGAACUGAAGUGUCAAUUGUGACAAUGUAGAAACUAUUUUUACGCUGUUAAAUUUCACAAACAAUUACAAAGAAAUGGCCUGUAACACAUUUAAUUAAAUGUGAAAAAUACAUCUUUUUUUCAG